CACUACACCGCUUGACGGAAGGCGAUGAUGCAACCUAUUAUAGAGCAAGCCUGCCCAUAAGCAACCUACUCACUCGAGACAUCAAAACAUGCAGGUUGUACCCUUCUGGACACACAGACUCAUGCAAAGAGUUCUACUCCAAGUUGAACCGGUCGUCUUCGUUCAGGUGGGUAGAUCAUCUAGGUGCCAUAUAGAGAGUAAGUAAGAUUAAUUAUACUUUGAAUAUAAGUAUUAUAAAGUCCGCGUGCAAUACAGCAUCAAACUCGUUCAUAUGUCGCCCCGGCAGUACAGUAUAUUCUACGCAUGUUGCGUGAGAUACCUACCUGGCCGCCAGAGGUCGCUCAGGUUGCAACCUGACACUGACGGGCCUCUACAAUCUGUCCAGGCAGGUAGCAGGCCCCUCGCCUCCAACAGAAGGUUCACUUACACCAAAUUACUUCGCAACAUUUGUGCUUAACUUUAUUUAUUAAUGGGUGGUAUUUUAUUCCCUUUUUUCAAUCAAAAUGUUCGAAAUUACCACCAAAAAUACUGAAUUGCACACUAAAGGACAAUGCCGCAAAUAGUCAUCAGACAAUAUGGAACGCACGUAAACGUAAUCAUACGCAUUGCAAAAAAGUAUUUCCGGGAUUAAACUUCUUUUUUUAUUAAAUUGUAAAUCGCAAGUUUAAAAAUAAAAAGAUUUAUUGUGAAAAGGUUCCUUAUUCGUCAUAAUUAUUUUCAUCACAUUACUUUUUUGUAAAUGAUAAUAUGACUGGGUUAGGAUCUGGCGUUGUCAUUUGCUCAUCAAAUAAAUCAAUUAUACUAUACCUACUCUUAGAUCUUUUAACUAAAAGUAAGUCUAAUAAUUCCUAAUCUAACCUAUUUUGGAAAUUCCGUUGUAAUAUUGAACAAUUUGUGUGCAAAUCAGUAUUUUCGUUUUACGCACAACGUUACUAUGUAAACCCCACAAAGCAGCAAUGUAUGUGAUCGGACGAGCUCCUCCUCCGUGAUGACAGACAUUAGGUCGCGCCGCGGCGCUAUAUAGCGCGCGCCCGCGCCCGCCCAGCACACACUCGCCGCCGCCAUGCUGCUGUUGCUCGCGCUGCCACUGCUGGCCGCCGUGCUGCCGCUGCGCGCCGACGUCAAUGUCAUGAAAGACGUCACCCUCGGCUUCGGACAAGCGCUUGACAAGUGUCGCCAGGAGAGUCAACUGACGGAGGAGAAGAUGGAAGAGUUCUUCCAUUUCUGGCGUGACGACUUCAAGUUCGAGCACCGCGAGUUGGGCUGCGCCAUCCAGUGCAUGAGCCGGCACUUUAACCUCUUGACCGACAGCAGCCGCAUGCACCACGAGAACACCGAGCAGUUUAUCCAGUCCUUCCCCAACGGCGAGGUGCUGGCGCGGCAGAUGGUGGAGCUGAUUCAUGCAUGCGAGAAGCAGCACGACCACGAGGACGACCACUGCUGGCGCAUCCUGCACGUGGCGGAGUGCUUCAAGCAGGCGUGCGUGCAGCGCGGCAUCGCGCCCUCCAUGGAGAUGAUGAUUACCGAGUUCAUCAUGGAAGCUGAGGCGCGCUGACCUGCCCACUCCCACACUCGGCAACAACUCACACUAGACGCGGAAAAUGUUCUUUGAUUAACUAUGUGCGUAGAAACGAGUGACUCUUAGGUGAUGUAUUUUAUAUUUUUAAUUAGGUAUUAUAAGGGCCCAGGAAUACGGUAGCCGAUAUACUUCACGACUUAAGCUUGCAAAUGGAUCCGAACUAUUAACUACCUAUAAGGUCAAUAAUGAUAUUUACAGUUACGUAAUGAUAAUAAUAUUUAAUUAUUUAUUAAACAAACCAUUAACUCCACAACUAUGAUAUUUCAGUCACCAUCUGGUUCUGGAGUC